CCCUGUUUCUUCCUUCUUCCUACUUCUUCUUCUUCAACAAAAUCCUCAAUGUCGAAGCCACACACAAUCGCAGCCACGAUUCCUCCUCUCUGUCUCUCUCCCAGCCAGGUUCCAAUCAGAGCUCGAGCCGGACCCCAUGGCUUCAGCAGCAAACCCUUUUUCUCUUUCUGUCUCCUCCAAACCCAACAACUCCGCAGACUUCUUUCUUCGUGUUCAGAGCCCUCCUAACUCGGUUUCGCUCCAGUACUCUUUUGCUUCCCCGGGUUCAAUCGAGCUGAAUUCGAGUCGGGGAGGGAAUUUGGUGCUAAGUUCGAGCCGAGGAGUGAGGUCGGGGAGGAUACGCGCGAGUUCUGCUCAGGUUAUGGACCAAUCGGUGGCUAAAACGGAUGCUAGGGCUCCUACCGUUGUGGAAGUUGACUUGGGAAACCGGAGCUACCCGAUUUACAUCGGAUCCGGACUUCUUGAUCAACCUCACCUUCUCCAGAGGCAUGUUCAUGGGAAGAGAGUUCUUGUGGUCACUAAUAACACAGUAGCACCACUCUACCUAGAUAAGGUUGUUGAAGCUCUAACUCAGGGAAAUCCAAAUGUCUCAGUUGAGAGUGUGAUUUUACCAGAUGGGGAAAAAUACAAGCAAAUGGAUACACUUAUGAAAAUCUUUGACAAGGCCAUUGAGUCACGAUUGGACCGGCGUUCUACUUUUGUUGCCCUUGGGGGCGGUGUGAUUGGUGACAUGUGUGGAUUUGCUGCUGCCGCUUUCCUUCGUGGUGUUAAUUUCAUUCAGAUUCCUACAACAGUGAUGGCACAGGUGGAUUCCUCUGUUGGUGGAAAAACUGGGAUAAACCACCGCCUUGGGAAGAACUUGAUUGGAGCUUUUUAUCAACCUCAAUGUGUACUUAUUGACACAGACACAUUAAACACGUUGCCAGAUAGGGAACUGGCAUCAGGGCUUGCUGAGGUUAUAAAAUAUGGGCUUAUCAGGGAUGCUGAAUUUUUUGAGUGGCAGGAGAAGAAUAUGCAGGCAUUAAUGGCAAGGGACCCAAGUGCACUGGCUUAUGCUAUAAGACGAUCAUGUGAAAACAAGGCUGAGGUUGUGUCCUUAGACGAGAAGGAAAGUGGACUGAGGGCAACACUGAAUUUGGGACAUACAUUUGGCCAUGCAAUAGAAACUGGGUUUGGCUAUGGGCAAUGGCUCCAUGGAGAAGCUGUUGCGGCUGGCAUGGUCAUGGCUGUUGACAUGUCAUACCGCCUUGGUUGGAUUGAUGAUUCUAUUGUGAAACGAGUUGACAAUAUUCUACAACGGGCUAAGUUGCCCUCUACUCCUCCCGAAGCUAUGACUGUGGAGAUGUUCAAGUCCGUUAUGGCGGUUGAUAAGAAGGUAGCUGAUGGGCUACUAAGGCUCAUCCUUUUAAAAGGUCCCCUAGGCAAUUGUGUUUUUACAGGUGAUUAUGAUAGAAAAAUCCUGGAUGAAACACUCCAUUCAUUUUGCAAGUCCUGAAGCUGAUUUUGGUCUCAGCUAUGUUCAAGUGUUUUACCAGAUACUGGUUAUCAUGUAUUAGUCUCUUUUUGUACCUUGAAUGCCUUUGCUCAUGGUCUUCCUAAAUUCUGUUGGCGAGACCUUCUACCAUUUUGUAAUUUUAACGAAGUGUGGCAUGCUCCUCAAUAAUUCAUUACUGGUUUUUCAUAUU